GGCAGUUUUUGGGACUGUUCCGCAGUGGAUGUAUACUCGAUACCUGCCUUCUCAGGACAGUUUGUGGGACUGAUCCGAUACAAGGUUUAGCAAACCUGGACAGUUAUAUGGGACUGGCCCGCAGCAGAUUAUGUAUGAUACUUGCCUUCCCAGGAUGGUUCAUGGGACUGAUCCGACACAAGGCUUAGCAAACUUGGAUAAGUUUUAGGGCUGCUGCGCAGCAAAUUGUGCAUGAUACUUGCCUUUCCAGGACAGUUUAUGGGACUGAUCCGAUACAAGGCUUAGCAAACCUGGACAGUUUUUGGGACUGAUCCGAUGCAACCUUAUCACUUGGCACUUCUCGUGUAUGUACAUACCUGUUGUACCGCACACCAACAUUUUUAUCAUGUCUCAUAAUUAUCGAUUACAGUUCGACACGAAUCGGAAAAUUCACUGGACGGAGAUAUUUAUGGGGACUUCCCAGAAUACCCACCAGAGGAAGACCCCGUGGAGAUCAUAGAACCCGACGCCCCCACACGCGCAGUCAUGCGUAACGCUGCAUCCACCGCUACGCCCAUCGCUGGACCCGCCGCCAGGCCUAUCACUACCACCACGUCUACCGUUACGUCAACCGUAACGACAGCCGCCACACAUACAGCAGCGCAAGUCGCGUGCCCCGCCGUAGUGACAGAGGCGCUUGGCGCUGUAAGUACUGGCGCGGAGCUACUACAGAAGGAGAGCCCUACGGUGUUAGACAGCUCUGUACUGGAAAUCCUGGGCGAAGAUCCUUCUGAAAAUAUACAGUACGGAAAAGAGAUACGCAAAGAGUUAGCGAACAGGCUCGAACACAUCGCCACGACUGGCCUAUCAAAAGAAGUGCGCAAAGAAUUAUUAGAGGCUUACCUGAUACCGGCAAAUUGUACCAAGAUUGACGCACCCCUGAUGAACGCGGAAAUUAAGGCUGCCGUCACCGACGUACUAACCAAAAGGGACAAGGGCAUCGAGAUGCGACAAAAACAGCUAGCAUGUGCAAUUUCAGGGCUAGCAAGAGUAAUUAAUACAGAAAUUGAGUCCAGUGAAAAGAACAAUGAGCGGCUGAAACAACUCAUGGAUAUAGGCCGCAUCCUUUGCGACGUACAACAUAGCGAGUCAGUUACCAGACGUAACUUUGCCAUAUACUCUAUAAAAAAGGAUCUCAAGGACCAUAUAACAAAUACCAAAAUCGACAAAUACCUGUUCGGCGAGGAACUGGCGGAAACUUUAAAGACUGCCAAAGCAGUAUCAAAAUCUGGCACCGAAUUAAAAGUAAAAAGCCAAGUUAGAAGCGUGAAAACAUUCACACCUACCAGCAAUUUAAACUGGAGAGCGCGGGCCCCAGCACGCAGGCAGCAGGGCCCUCAGCGGAACCGCGAGCCUGCUCAUCGCUCAUCGACGCCGGGUCCAUCUUCGAGACACACACGAACUCCGAGGCACGGCAACUCGUCCAAGACAUCGCAGCCUCCGCAGAGACAACAGCGGCGUCGUUAGACAAGGUAAUGUACGCUGGCCAAUUGUCUAGGUUCCGUGCGCAGUGGGAGAUGCUAACCAACGACCGAACAAUCCUAUCAUGGAUAACGGGGUACAAAAUAAAGUUCACGAGCCCAGUCAUUCAGCAUCAGAUCCCCAGCGCAGUGCACUAUACCAAUACCGAGAAAGCCCAUUACAAUGAGGCGAUAAAAAAUCUACUCAACAUAGGGGCUAUCUCGGUCUGUAGACCAUGUGAUGGCCAGUUCUUGUCCAGCAUAUUUCUCCGUCCCAAACCAAAUGGUAAAAUGAGAUUCAUCUUAAAUCUCAAGAACCUAAAUAAAUUCAUAAAAACCGACCACUUUAAACUCGAAGAUUUUCGUACCGCAAUCAAAUUAGUGUCGAAGAACUGUCAUAUGGCUACAAUAGACCUCAAGGACGCCUAUCUACUGAUUAAAAUGCAUAGAGAAUCUAGAAAGUACCUUAGAUUUCUAUGGGACAAUAAAAUAUUCGAGUUUAAUGUAUUACCAUUUGGUUUGAACGUAGCGCCAUACAUUUUCACAAAAAUAAUGAAGCCAGUUGUAAAACUAUUAAGGACUUGUGGCCAUUUGUCAACCAUCUACUUAGAUGAUUUAUUCCUUAUAGGUCGAAGCUAUAAGGAAUGUAAAGAGAAUGUAAGCAUUUC